AUGGCUGCUCAACCCUUCCACCACGCGCAAAGCGAAUCCGUCAAGGAGAAGAAGGAUUUGGCGAGCUGGUGGAAGAACUUCAAGAGGAGCGACAAGAAAGGCCCKGAACAAGUCAUCCCACAAGGCAUCUUUGGAGUCCCGCUCCAGACCAGUAUACGAUAUGCGAACGUCGCGAUUAGCCUGUUCAACGAUGAAGGGCAAAGCUAUAUCUACGGCUACGUGCCCAUCGUGGUAGCGAAAUGCGGCGUUUUCCUCAAGGAAAAGGCGACGGAUGUUGAGGGUAUUUUUCGUCUUGCCGGGAGCGAGAAGCGCAUCAAGGAACUCAAAGUCGCGUUUGACAGCCCGGACCGAUAUGGCAAAGGACUGGACUGGACGGGCUACACCGUUCACGAUGCCGCCAACAUCCUCCGACGCUACUUCAACCAACUCCCGGAGCCCAUUAUUCCACUAGAAUUCUACCAAAAGUUUCGCGACCCUUUGAGGAACCAUCAAGCGCAAGCCGUGGGUGCAAUCGAGACGCAAAGUCCGAGCGAGGGGGAAUUCGACCACGACGGCGCCAUUCGAGCUUAUCAAGGUCUUAUAACUGAACUUCCACCGCUGAACCGACAGCUAUUACUCUAUAUCUUGGACCUUCUCGCCGUCUUUGCGAGCAAGUCUGAUUUGAACAAAAUGACAACCCCAAACCUGGCAGCCAUCUUUCAACCCGGCAUUUUGAACCAUCCUCAACACGACAUGGCUCCGCAGGAGUAUCGUCUCAGCCAGGACGUGCUGAUCUUCUUGAUUGAGAACCAGGACAGCUUCCUCAUUGGCAUGCAAGGAACUGCAGCAGACCCGGAGACGGUGCGAGAUGUACAAAGUGGUUCGCCAGCCAAGACUCCCUCCACACCACCAACACCGAGUCGUGCCAAGACCGUCAUUGGCCGCUCUAGUUCCAAUUCGAGUGUUGCUGCGGAAAGCGUGCGCAAGUUUGGUAGCAUCCGCCGCAACGUCUCCGUGUCCAGCAAACACAGCAAAAGAUCUGAAAAGGUCACUCAGCCCGGAUCUCCAGUGACUUCUCCUGCUCUGCCAGCAAGCAGCGGUGUUCAUAGGAGCAACACCGUUCCUUCUAGGCGAGGUGGAAGUGCUGCUCAGUCGSCUCGAUUCCCUCGCGAGAAGCACUCGGAUGCAUCAUCAUCCCGUGCAGGUUCUCCCUCGAUCGUGCCCGUAGCGGCUGGUGCAAGGGUCGAUCGACCUGCUGCUUCCGACCGACCGGCUGUGGGGCUUGCCGUUGUGAAUCCUACACUGGUGAGACCCUCCACGGCCGAACACCAGAGAUCUCUUCAAAGUACUCCGAUUGCCACUCAGGCUCCUCAAUCCUUUGUAUCAGCGAAUCAGGCCUUUUCAACGACAGCUUUCCCACUCGAAGUAACAUCUGCAUCAUCUAGCGAGGCUACUACCCCACUGGCUAAUAUAGGCAGCGGCACUUCAUCUACGACAGUCGCCGAUAAUGCGACGACGAGAAAGGACACGUCUCCCUUGCUUUCACCUCCUCGUCACAGCGGUGAGAGAACGAAUGAUAGAUCAGCAUCCAACACGCCGUCCGCUGCAUCGGGACGCAAGUUCCUCGAUAUCCUCAACAAAUCUCCCUCCAGUGACGGCGAGGGUCGCAAGCCGAACAAACUGCAGAAAAAGAGGGUCCCCGUGUCUUCGCUCUCGAGCGCCCAAUCAUCAGCGCAGUCUCUUGACGAUGCUCCAGAACGUCAUGGAGAUCAUUCAUCGCACUCGCCCAUCUCUCCAACACAUGCUACAAUCGCCGAGGUACAAAACGACGCAGCAUACGACACGACAACGAGCCACCCUUCGCGGAAUACCCCAUCCACUCCUCAACGCCAUCCUACAGAGGCAACUCUCCGACCCACAGUCUCACCUUCCAACUCAUUCCACUCGCAUACAGAUACCUCCGAUGCCGAUAUGGUGGGAGACGACAUGCCGCAUGAUUCUGAUCAGGCUGAUAGGAAGAAGCGCGGCCGUUGGCGUUUCUCUCGUCCACAGAAUAAAAUGGAGCAGCCGACAACCCCUGGGAAUCCACUUGGAACCAUGACAGCACGAGAACAGGCCAUGUCACGAUCUACAAUAGGCAGCGGUGGGUCUCAGCCUCGACAAAGCUUUCAAGAGCCUACAUCUCUGGGCUCUGUCGCAACUGAUCCUUCUGGUGGCUUCUCGCCUGAACCUCGUCCUGUGCAACCAGCUGCCACUUCUGAUGCAGUGUUUUCCGACUCUGAGAGGGAACGAAAAGGACCAAUGUCAUGGCUGAGGAACAAGAUCCAAGAACGAAAAGAUAAAGACGCCGAGAAACGCUCGCAGACACCGGAGAGAAGCUCACAUGGGAGGUCCAAAAGUAAGACCGACCUGCAGGAUUCCGAGACUGCGAUUCCCCACCGCGGAAGGUCUCUUGAGCAACCGCGGAGCAGCCUCGAGGCCAGAAACACUCAUGUCCAUGCCCAGCCUCCUCCCAGCGCAGACAGCGGCCAGACAGUGAAGCCCAAUGGGAAUAGAUUUGGCGAUAAUGUUUAUAAUACGAGUACCGAGGUUGGGGGGACAAAGGCGGAGGCCGGCAACCAGUAG